AAAUUGAGGAAAAAAGAAUCGCACUGCUUUGGCAAUUCUUUAAAAUCCGCGCAUGACAGAUCUACAUUUAAAGAACUCGAAUUACUUAGCAACAGGUGACUUCCGUUUGAAACUGAAAUGGAAGUUUUGAAAGAUUUUAAUCCACGUGGAUAAGUUUACUUUAGAAUUACUCGACAUUUGCUGUCGGAUACACACAUAAUACUACAGAUCGGGGAUUCCCCUCCCUUUGCCACACAUGAUGAGUGACAGUGACGUCAUGUCACGCAGUGACGGGCGAAUGGCGAGCGCGACCAGCUCCUUCAUGUAUGUCCCUUUUGGUUUCACGUCCAAGACCCAGUAUGAUGCCAACGAAUCCCUCAUCCAGAUCAGGAGUGAGAAUUUUUCGAAGCUCGUGCCCGAGAAAGACAAUGAUAUUUGGAAACGCCCACCUCCUGACUUUCGACCACAGGUGUUUGCACCAAAACCACCAAAGAGGAACUCCCGGGACGCCAUGAGGCCAGAAAACUACGGAACGUUUCCCGGUAAACACGUGACGGUCAAGAGACCCGUUCGAAAUGUAAUUCCCCAUAUGCUGCGACCGGCAAAGCCCGAUGAGGGCCGAAUGUCCCUAAGGUUCCAUAUCGAUAGACCAUUCACCGCAAAGAAAAAGUUCGUCCGCGAAGGAAUGUACAAAGCUGGACAAUUCAAGAACCCGCAGCCACACGAUUUUAGAGGUUACCCACCAAUUAAAAAACUUGGACUGGAUGAAUUUAUGACAGAGUACGAGAAAGACCCAUACAGCAUUCAUUUCCAUACAGGCAGACUGAACAUAAUUCACGGACUUCCACUUGAGAAGGCCACGGAUCGAGACACUCGUGGCCGACAGAUGGCGCCACCUAGAACCCCGGAUAAAAAGUACGACGCUGAUUUGAUAUUAUCCAAGGGUGCUUGGCCAACGAAACCAGGCGAGCUAAACAGACACCGCCCCCGCCAUAGACCUGCACACUCAGCCUUCAUGGACCGAGUGGACCGCACCCUACAGCAUCAGUGGGCCAGAGAGAAAAUGGACGAGAGCCUCCAAAACACAGUCACGUGAUACAGAUGACCCGGACAAUUGAGGGUCACUAAAGAUGUGAUGUCACCAAUUAUUGCUCAAGCAGACGAUAAAAUUUAUGUUCAAUCACCCCACGUCUGUUGAAUGAUGUGAAAUAUUAUCCUCUCUGUGGGGGAAAUAUCCCAUAUCAGUGUGCAUUAAUGCAUGUUUAUGCAUGCAAAGUCCUGUCCAGUAAUAUUUCAGGGUAUAUACAAAACAUUCAGUUCAGUGUAAGUCACUGUGUCAUAUUGGGUUUGUAUGCACGUGUAUUUCAUUGAAACCGCCGGCGUUCUGUGAUAAACUAGCUCUCUGUGAUGUGCACGAAUAUUAUGAUUAUUUCUGUGAUACGUAUGCUGUUUUUAUUUCUUGUUUUUUUUGCUUUAUGAAAAAGUAUACAUGAAAUUUGAUUAUUCAAAUUUUAUUGGCAUUUACAAAGUGUGUAAUUAUAUUCGUACAUUUGUUUGGUUUGUACUUAUUUUGCUUACUGUGUUUUAUAUUGCAAUUUACUUUGGUUUUUACUUAUUUAAUAAUCUAAAACAAUCUGGAUUCGUUCUUUCCCUAAGAACAAUAAGUAAACAUCUAAUAACGCAUACAAAAAAUGUUUUGAGUAAACAUUAGGGUAUCAACAUUUACAGGUUUCAUUUAUCAUGAGCAGAAUGUAAUGAAUACAUUUGCUCAAAAAACAUUUUUGAUUUUACAUCAUGCAUAUAAUAAAAUUGUUAAUGUU